AUGAAACACCUAGGAGUCAAAGACCCUGAGUUGGAGAAGAUUGCAAGGGCUGGUCCGACAUCGAAACGCAAACAGUUCAGGAACAUUUGUCGCAAUUUUCAUGCCAACCUGCUUAGAGAUGGUCGGCAGCUGAAGGUCACUGUGUCUAUGAUCAAGGUUCGAGUGAAGGUUCACCGCCCAAAAGUUCGUACGAUUGAAGCUGAGUACCCUUACAUCUCCCUGCGGUCCUGGAGUACGUUUUUGCUUCAGCAUCACCCGGCACACCUGCUGGGGGGGUUUGACUUCGAAGAUUUCGAUGGAUAUACCUCAAUGUUCGACAGGUUUUGGACCCGGUAUCGGCAAUUGGACCCUACUCACGAGGCCUUCACCCAGUUCACGGAUUCUGGUCAUGUGAUACCCUACAUGGUACACGGUGAUGAGGGCCGAGGCAAAAACAAGAGCCCGAUAUUGAUUUGCAACUAUCAACCAUGCAUCGGUGUACAAGGGGAGGAGUUCACCAACAUGAAAGGGCAUUCCUUUUCAACGCGCUUCCUGUCAUUCAUGAUGCCUUCCAAGCACUUUGCAGAGGAUGACAAAACCCUGGACGACUAUACCGCAUACAUCGUGGCAGAUCUGAGUAGCCUUUUUUAUGACGGCAACUGGUGGCAUGUGGGCUCCAACGGCUGCUUGCACGGAUGGCAGCCUGGCAGAGCCAGUCCGCCUUGGAAAGCAAAGAGAUCUUUGUUCAUGAAGGUGCCGGGUGCUUCUUCAGAAGCACGAAUCAGGACUGACCUUGCACAUACUUGGCCAAUAGGUGUGGCAAAGAGUUCGCAGCCAGUCCUUGUUGUCAAUCUGCGAUUUGAAGCUAUGUCUGGUCGGGCGCUUGAUGCACAGCUUGAGAACCUUUAUGCUGAUUUCAGAGAGUUCUGCCAUAGAACUCACGAGACUUGCAAACUGACUGACUUCUCCAAGCGGACGCUUAAGAUCCAAUCGAGGCGGCAGUAUCCUGUUCUUUCCGGAAUGGGACACGACUGCAUCAUUGUGCAGAAGUGGCUGUCAGACUUUUUGUCAAGAACCAAUGUGGAAGAUGUCGUUCCGUGGCUGAGUUGUUUUGUUCAUGCAGCAGUGCACGUCUUCUUCCCGGUUAAGAGCAUGCGUGAGCUAGGCUGUGGGAGACCGCAACAUGUACGAGAUCUUGCGCUACACCUGCGACUGCUGCAAUGCAUUCUUCAGGAGGCUGUAUGA